CGGGGGUUAGUGCGGGAUGCGCAGCCAAGCACGCCGCAGGAGCGCUUCUUCUUUGGCGCAGCCCGGGGAGGUUCUGCGUGAAGCAAGCAGAAAUUUUGAACAUGGCGCAAAAUUCUGAGCAACGGAGAGAUGUCUCUUUCACCAGUUAUCUGAAUUUUAAAAGUCUUUCAGAGAGUUCACAACCAAAAGGAGGAGAAGCCACUCAGACAAACCCAGACCAAGUAAAGCCUCCAGAUCAACCCAGUGAUGUUUCUGAAAAGCAACGAGGAAAAGUUACGUCCAUUUACCUGAAUCCUUUUCAUGAUGCUGCAGACCUUGAUAAGGAAAAGGAGAUCACAUUCCUCCUAAAAGAACUGGACAUUCUAAGAGCAAGCAAUGAAAAGCUUCAGGAUCGCCUGUCUGAAAAGGACAAGGAGCUGAGGACAAUAAAGCUGGAUUUGGAACUGUGUGAGAAAGAGGCAGAAGCCAAGAUUGCGGGAAAAGCUGCAGCUCUAGUAGAAGAAAUUCAUUCUGCACAACGGGAACGUGAUGAGGCCAUCAUGACCAGGCUGAAACUGGCCAAUGAAGAGAGGGAUGAUGCAUGUAAACAGAUACAACUGCUGGAACAAUCUUUUGAAACGCUAGAAAAUAUUAACCCUGAAGAAAAUGACAUGACAUUACAGGAAUUACUGAACAGAAUAAACAAUGCAGACACUGGGAGCGCUAUAUGGAGAAGUGGAGCUGUAAUUGUCGAUCGAAUAUACAGGACCCAGGAACGAAGAAAGAAAAUAACAGCAGAAGAAAUGAGUGCAGUGAUAGAGGAACGCGAUGCUGCAUUGGCUCAAUGCAAACGGCUAGAGCAGGAGCUUCAUCAUAUGAAAGAGCAGAACCAGACUUCUGCAAACAACACGAGACAUCUGACUGCUGAAAACAAUCAAGAACGUGCUCUGAAGGAAAAAUUGCUGGCUAUGCAGCAAGAAAGAGAGACUGUUAUUCAGCAAUAUGCAACGCUGGAAGAAGAACUCCAGACCCUUCGUAUCUAUUACAGCUUACACCAAUCUUUAUCUCAAGAAGUUAAUCUUAAGGACCAGUUCAACUCUACCCUUGCUACAUAUGAAAAAGCGCUGAAAAACAGAGGGGAUGUUGUGUCUAUGCUGCUACUUCAAAACGAAGAGCUAGCAACUCAGCUUCAACAAAUGGCAGAUGAAAAAGCAAACACAGAGUCAAAGCUUCAGCAAGCCUUAGAGGCUUCACAAGAGACCAAUGAGAAACUUCAGAAGUUGCAAAGACUGGUGGACGUCCUGAGGAAGAAGAUUGGAGCAGGGACCACUAGGACGGUGAUCUGAUAGAAAACUCCAGUCUGGGGAAGCAUUCACAUCUGGUGACCAGGCUGCUUCAUUCAGCACUGUGUAAACAUUAAAGCCUUAACUUAGCAAACAGUUGUUAGAAGUGGGACACUCCAACCACAUUCCAGGCUGAGAUAAAAUCAAAUCAUAAAUGUUUAACCACUUGGCUGCUGAGUUGUGUGAUUUGU